GCAUAUGGAGACAUUAGAAGGCAAUAUGGAAGAUGAGGACCAUGUCCCAGAUUUAUCGACUAUAAAUAGACCAGUAGACAUCCCGAGAGUAGGUAUGAGCUCUAUAGAAAGAAGAAACACAGCUGGCUUGGUGCUAUUUGCGAUGUUCCAGGGCCUUAUUAUCAUUCCCAACCUCCCAUUCAUGACGUAUCUGUACGAUGACCUCGGGCUGACCCCUGGCCAGCUGUCUAUUUUCAAUGGGUUUAUCAACUAUGUGUGGGCAUUCAAAGUCGUUUUUGGCUUCGUGGUGGACUGCGUUUAUAUACUUGGAUACAGAAGAAAGUCUAAUCUACUGAUUGCAACAGCUGCAUGCACAAUUGGGUGGAUCUGUAUGGGAUUUUGGGUAGAAGGACUGGUAGCAGCUAUAAUUGCUAAGCUCUCAAUCAAUAUCUCAAUUGGUAUUAUAAAUACAGUUGCUGAAGCCUUGAUGGUAGAAAUGACCAUUUCCAAAAAUAUUGAGAACACCUCACCAAAAGAAAUUCAAAAUCAAGAAGAAACCUCCAGUAAUCCCAUAUCCAUCGAAUCAAAAAGCAACAAAAAUAAAUACCAACAACUCAACGAAGCUGAUCAUGAAAAUAAAUCUAGUGAUGACUUAAGUCAGAAUUUAGAAGGAAAUAAUAUUUCUACAACAUGUGAAGAGGAUUUUACUAAGAAAUCUAAACAGCACCAAGCCAAUGCUGCAGGAUUUGUGUCCAUAUUCUUGGGUGCUACUUAUCUCUUCUCAAUGCUCGGAAUUUGGCUUGGAGGGUUUCUUAAAGGCAAAUGGUCGAACCAACUCAUUUUCAAAGUCAGUGCCACGAUUAGCAUUGUCCCUCUGGUUACAGCCUUCGUGUUUUAUGAGAAACGCAAAGUUUCUGUUGUUCCUCCUGAGUCAUAUGAGAGAAGGGGAGGAUACUGCAGAUACUUCAAGAGAGUGUUCAGAACUCUGUGGAAAUAUCUGAAACAAGGAUUUAUAUUCAAGCCAACAGUAUUUAUGUUUUUGGUGUUGCUAACUCCAUCUAUCGACUCAGUGAUGUUUACCUUCCAAACAGAUGUUCUCAAGUUUUCGUACCAGUUUAUGUCGAACAUAUCACUGGCCACAUUUGUAGUGAACAUUCUGGCAGUAAUUGUGUACAGGAAGUUCCUUCUGCAUGUGUCUUUGAGGAGACUUAUUACAGUGACGACAGUGCUCUUUAGCUUAGCUCAAGCUAUGAAGUUAAUCAUAAUAUUCCAAUUGAACUCGAAAAUUGGAAUAAGUAACAAAGUGUUUUUCAUAAUUAAUCAGUGAUUCUUUUAGUUUUAUCAAUGAGAUUCAUCUGAUGCCACUUAUGGUGAUGGCCACCAGAAUCUGUCCCAAGAAUCUUGAAGCCACAGUUUACGAGUUCAUAAUGUCAGUGAUCAAUCUGGCCUACCUGGUCAGCUACCAAUCAGGAGGAGCCAUUUCGGAACUCCUUGACAUCCGCAAAGGCAACUAUGACAACCUGUGGAUCCAGAUCAUCAUAACGAGUGUGUUUCCGUUAUUGGUGCUGUGAGUCGUCUUCAUCGUACCUAAUGACUUUGCAGAGAAGGUAGAAAAAUUCUCUAAAACUAUUGCUGAUGAAAAAGAAGUCUAGAGGCUAAAAUAAUACAAUUUGAAAGUAUUAGAAUUUUAAAAGAUCCAAAAGAUUCA